AUGCAACAAAAACGAUCAAAAUUCUACCGUUUGCAACAAACAACGAUAAGUGUUUUCAGAUGUAUUGUGACCGUGGAGCCGAAAGCAGCACGUUUUCCGACAAGUGGCGGCAAGUCGACGUUCACGGUAUUGAAUAGUGGUGGAGAUCGAUUAGUAUUCAAAGUUAAAUGCUCCAACAACAAAGACUAUCGCAUAAAACCGGUGUACGGAUUUGUUGAUCCAGAAGGUAGUCAUUUAAUCUGGGUGGUACGAUUGCCGGCCGGUGCCAAGAAUGACAAGAUGGUCAUUCAAUGGACGGCGGCAACAACGGACACUGUCGACGCAGCCGCCAUCUUCAAAACGGCAAAACCGACAGCCGUACAAUCUAUCAAUGUUCCUCUUAUCGGUGUGGCUGGUGAUGGUCUUGCAGAGAAGCCACCUGAACCAAAAGCAGCUGAAGCAAAAGCAGGUGAAGCGAAAGCAGGUGAUGCAAAACCAGUUGAACCAAAACCAGCUCAAGGAAAAGCAGGUGAAGCGAAAGCAGGUGAUGCAAAACCAGUUGAACCAAAACCAGCUCAAGGAAAAGCAGGUGAAGCGAAACCAGCUCAAGGAAAAGCAGAUGAAGCGAAAUCAGCUGCAAAAACGGGAGCAAACUCGCUGCUGCGUAUCUAG